CUACCAAAUGUCAUUCCAAUUGCCUUUACACAUUAUUUUUGGAAAAGCGGUAGCGGUAAAUUUUGUGCAAAAAUAGAAAGGUGUACGCCAAUAGAGAAAUAAAGUUAGAAAAUCAAAACAUUCUGAUUAUCAUUUCGAGAAAAGCUCAAGCAAUUAUCUUAUUUUAGUACGCAACAUGUUGAUUAAAGUAAAGACACUAACCGGCAAGGAAAUAGAAAUCGACAUUGAGCCUACAGACAAAGUGGAUAGAAUCAAGGAGCGAGUAGAGGAGAAAGAAGGAAUACCACCACAGCAACAGCGACUUAUUUUCUCUGGCAAGCAAAUGAAUGACGACAAAACCGCCGCCGAUUACAAAGUGCAAGGUGGCUCAGUGCUCCAUUUGGUUCUAGCGUUGCGCGGUGGACUAUACUUAAUUAAGGCAUAGAAAAAAUAAAAUAACAAAAUUUAAAUAAUGGAAAUGCAUAAAUGUUGUGAAGCUAAAACAUGAAUAUUUGAGUGCGUGUCCCACAAAAAUUCGAUUUUCAUAGAUAUAAUCUCAAUGAUAUGAUGUUUGAGCUUUCUUGGAGAAAUAAAAGGAAAACAAUUUUCUAAUAAAAACUGA